AUGGAGGGAGGCUGUGGUGGAGAAGGAAGAGAGGAAGGAAGAGAGGAAGAAAGAGAGGAAGAAAGAGAGGAAGAAAGAGAGGAAGAAAGAGAGGAAGAAAGAGAGGAAGAAAGAGAGGAAGAAAGAGAGGAAGAAAGAGAGGAAGAAAGAGAGGAAGAAAGAGAGGAAGAAAGAGAGGAAGAAAGAGAGGAAGAAAGAGAGGAAGAAAGAGAGGAAGAAAGAGAGGAAGAAAGAGAGGAAGAAAGAGGCAGAGGAAUCCAUGCCCAAAUGGCUCACAUUAAAAACAGAAAAUUUAGAAGUGGAGCUCAAACCUUAAGUGGAGACCUAACUGACAAAAAGGAUGAAAGAGAAAAGACAGGAGAAAAAACAUUGCACGCAAUACAGGAAAACAAUGAGAGAAGAGAAGGAAGGAAGGAGCAGUGGGGAAGGAGUGUGGAUAGACCCUGUCAAGCAGCUGCCGAAGAAUUACAGGAUUGUAGAGAGUCAUUUGAUGGAGAGUCCAAAACAGUAGAACAGCAACGAAGAAUAAAAGCUAUAGUCAUGCUUUCUCAGAAGAGAUGUUCAAAUUUUAGUGGGUGUUGUGCAAAACAGCGACACUCGGUACGUAGUGAACUGUUGAAGGCUCAGUUAGUGGAACUUGGAGAGUGGGUGGAUGGAUGUGCAAUGGAAGGUACUAGUGGAGGACAGGCUGUUAUACAAAAGUCAGGCAUGGAUCAGUCGCUGUUGGGAUAUGCUGUAGGCGGCAGGGUGGAAGAACCAAAAGGAGGAUCCCGAAAUAAACAAGUAAUGCGACUCCUAGAUCCACUGAGGGAGCGUAUAAUUGAUAGAUAUUGGGGGCGAUCAAGUGAGAGUAGUAAUAUGUCCACUAAUAUCGAGAACCCGUUAUAG